AUGCUCGACCUGGAUCAGCUACGAACUUUUGUCUCGAUCGCGGAAAGCGGCAGUUUCACCAAGGCAGCCGACAAUGUGAACAAGACACAGUCGGCGGUUUCCAUGCAGAUGCGACGGCUGGAAGAACGCAUCGGCAAACCGCUCUUCGUGCGGGUCGGGCGUCAGUCCCGGUUGACCGAGCAUGGCGAACGGCUGCUUCAUUAUGCCCGCAGGCUUGUCCAGCUGAACGAUGAAACACUUGCCGCCUUUGACGAUACCGAACUUGCCGGUCUUGUCCGUCUGGGAACGCCGGAUGACUACGCCGACCGCUUUCUGCCCGAGAUUCUUGCCAGGUUUUCAAGGUCGAAUCCCAAGGCUGAAGUAAGCGUUGUGUGCGCGCCCACCCCCAAUCUUGCCGACAUGAUCUCCGAAGGAGAACUGGACGUCGCGAUCAUCACGCAUGUUCAAAAGAAAGGUCGCAAACACGUGGAUCUCGUGCGCCGCGAACCACUUUUAUGGGUCGUUUCGGCGCGCCAUGCGGUUGAAAACGAGUCUCCUUUACCUUUGGCGCUGGGCCGAGCGACAUGCGACUGGCGAAAGGCGGCGAUCAAUGCACUUGGAGACCAGAUGCGCGAACACCGCCUGCUUUAUUCUAGCUGGAACUCCACGGCGGUGGGGGCAGCUGUCCUUGCCGGACUGGCAAUUUCCGUUCUGCCGGAGUCGGCCUUGCGCUCAGGUAUGCGUGUCCUGACGGAAGCCGAUGGCUUUCCGAAACUUCCUGAUUGCGAAAUCGGCAUCAUGCGAUCCUGGCACAACAGUUCGCGGGUAACGGACGCUCUGGUCGAACAUAUCGUUUCUUCGCUGGACAACCUCUCCGUUCCCCAGGCGGCGGAGUAG